GGCGUUGGGGGAGCAGUUGAAUUAGCCCCAGGCUAUUUGAAACAGGUUUAUGACAUUGUACGCCAGGCUGGUGGUGUCUGCAUUGCUGACGAAGUGCAAACUGGAUUUGGUCGUACUGGAAGCCAUUAUUGGGGUUUUGAGACACAAGGAGUCAUUCCUAACAUAGUUACAAUGGCAAAGGGUAUUGGUAAUGGAUUACCAUUAGGAGCUGUGGUGACAACUCCAGAAAUAGCAAGCGUAAUGGCUCAGAAAAUUCAGUUCAAUACUUUUGGGGGUAAUCCUGUUUGUUCUGCUGGUGGACUUGCAGUGCUUAGAGUUAUUGAUAAAGAAAAGCGUCAAGCACAUUGCGCUGAGGUUGGUACACACCUGAUUGGCCGGUUGAGAGAUCUACAGCAAAAACAUGACAUCAUUGGAGACGUAAGAGGAAGGGGGUUGAUGGUAGGGAUAGAACUUGUGAGUGACAGGAAGGAGAAGACACCAGCCAAGGCGGAAACUGCAGUGUUGUUUGAGAAACUUAGAGAACUCGGUGUAUUGGUUGGGAAAGGUGGACUCCAUGGAAAUGUUUUCAGAAUAAAGCCACCUAUGUGUUUUACCAAGGAUGAUGCAGAUUUUCUUGUGGACACCUUGGAUUAUGCUGUAUCAAAGUUGUGAGGAUCAUCCAUAUCCAUAGAGGUCUGAGAUGACAAACUCUCCUAAAUGUUCAUUUUCAAUAAUAAAAGUGCAUUUCUGAAUUUUUAUUUUAGCUCAUGACUUCUUUUUGGACCAUUUUAUAGUUAGCUAUAUUUUUUCUAUCUCGAUCUUGUAGACUUGGAUUGUUGGAAAAAGUUGCCCUAAAUCCAUCCUAGGGAGAAAAAGAUCUGUGCUCUACUCAUCAAAUGACCUAAUUUGGUUUAUAAUGAAAUGAUAACUUAAAUUUUAGGC